AGAAAUAAUAAGCAGUUGUUCAAGCGAAAUUUGGAAGUUCAAGACCCGCUUGCUCCGUGAAGCCGAAGUAAAACGCCUCAAGACCGUCGUGCCCAGGGCUCUCCGCGGCUCCGCUCUCCCGGACUUCGUUCCGAGCAGAGAGUUCACGGCGGCGAUCUGGUAGUCGUCUCCUCUUGCCGGCGGCGGCGGGUCUUCCAAGCGGAGUGAGCACCGGCGCCCACCGCCUGUUCGACGGAAUGGCUAGGACGCGCAACGGCAAGAGACUCAAGCCAGACGCCGGGGCGGGCGGCGCGGACCGCAUCAGCGCCCUCCCGGACGAGCUCCUCCACCACAUGCUCUCGUUCCUCCCGGCCCGCGACGCCGUGCGGUCGUGCGUGCUCUCCAGCCGCUGGCGCGACGUCUGGCGAUCGUCGCCGGUCGUCCGCAUCACCCGCAGCAGCGACCGCUGGCGCAGCCCGCAGCACCUCAACAAGUUCGUCAACGGCCUGCUGCUCCUGCGCCGCCCCGUGCUUCUGCGCGAGUUCGAGUUGGAAACCUUCCGUUACAUCCCUAGAUCUAUAGUGCGGGGUGUUGCUGCUGGUGGUAAAUUCAACGACAGUGAGGAGCCACUCCGAUACGUGGAGCUCUGGAUGGCCUAUGCUAUAAAUUUCCAUGUGGAGGUGCUCCGGGUCUGGGUUCGCUCAUUGACCAGACCUCUGAAGCUGGUCCAAAUGCCUCUCGCCUCCCAGCAUUUGACGACCUUAGAGCUCGAGUGUGUAGUUCUGUGCAGGCGUGCUCUGGAUUUCUCAAGGUGCCCCGUGUUGGAGGAUCUGAAGAUGAGGUCAUGCAGAUUUACUGCCGUCAGUAAGUUGUCAUCCCCGUCGGUGAAGCGUCUCUGCAUCACCAACUGUCAGUUUGACUAUCAGUUCCGCACAUGUAUCUCUGCCCCUGGUCUUGUUUUACUGCAACUGAGAAGCACCAGCGGCUGGACUCCUGUGCUUGAAAGCAUGCCAUUGCUAGUGACAGCGUCUGUUGCGCUUGAUAUCUUCUGUAGUGAUAAUAGUAGGCAUGACGACUGCGGAGAUUGCCAUUCUGGUGCGUGUCUUAAUUGUUAUGGGGUUCGUGACGGCAGUGACAAGUCUGUGCUUCUCAGAGGUCUGUCCAACGCUACACAUUUGGCUUUGGAAGCUGAACUUGGGGUGCGUGUUUUCAAGCUAGACAUGACAUGGUGUCCCACAUUCAGCAAGCUGAAGACUUUGGUACUUGAUGGGUGGGAUCUUGAUUCUGACUUCCAUACAGCACUACUUCGCUUUCUUGAACACGCACCAAUUCUAGAGAAACUCACUCUUGAACUUCGUGAGGAGAGAUUUAUGAGUAUAGAAGAAAUUUGCAGUCCAGUGGAACAAUUGGUUUGAUCUGAGCACCUAAAGAUUGUUGAAAUCAGAUGCAUGAAGAAUAAUAGAAGGGUUUACAAAUUCUUGAGCACCUUGAGUACAUAUGGCAUAAGUCCUGACAAAAUCAAACUCGUGACCAAAGAUGGUGAGUACACAUACACAUUAUCUGAUGGAUCAACCAGCUCAUCUGACCGAUCAAUCUCAUCUGACGGAGCAACAAACCCAUCUGACGGAUCAACCGGCUCAUCUGACCGAUCAAUCUCAUCUGACGAAGCAGCCAGCCCAUCUGAGGGAGCAACAAACCCAUCUGACGGAUCAACCGGCUCAUCUGACCGAUCAAUCUCAUCUGACAAAGCAGACAGCCCAUCUGACGGAGCAGCAAACCCAUCCGACGGCUCAACCUACUCAUCUGAUGGAGCAACAAACCCAUCUAACGGCUCAACCCGGUCAUCUGAUGGAGCAACCAGUUCUUGAUUUCACGAGUGUCGAUCACCUGGGUUCUUAGGAACGACUGUCUGCUGCCGCUUGUAGCAAUGGAGCUCCGAAUAUGUUGUACUGGAUGCUUGACUGUACUCUCUGGUCCUUACUAGUCGUACCGUUCUGGUUGCUGCGUAGCAAUUUUUGUGCAGGAUAACUACUUUUGUCUCGGCUAGUCCCUAGCUUCCUCCUGAAGAUAUCCUUUGUCCACUUGGGCGUUGCCUACUGGAGUACCGCCGUUCACAUUCUGUUGGUCUUCCAAGGCAAGGCACCUGUCAAACGUGCCCGGCGACCGGUGACGAUCAAAGUGCUUGUAUGUAAACUUGUAAAGUUUUCUUACAUGUAAACAUGGAAGGUUGGUUGACGAGGAACCCUUGCGGAUUAGAUGGAAAUGGGCAACAAUUCUACUCGUAUACGACCUGGAAA